AUGUUCAACUUCUUUGCUUCUGCUGCCACUCUUCUUACUAUCGCUACCGCUGCUUUGGCCGCUCCCCAGAGGUCUGGUGAAAGCCCUGGAACCAUUCCAGUCGUUGUCCCAGCACCUGCCGGCUUCAACAUCACAUCUCUUGGUGUCAAUGGUUCGGGAUGUCCUCCAGGAUCCACCUACUACCUUCUCAACCCCGACCGCACUGCUGUUACUGUUACCUUCAGUCAGUUCUUCGCUGAAGCCGGCCCAGGAAUCCCCAUCAGCCAAAACCGCAAGAACUGUCAGUUGACUUUGGGAGUGUACGUUCCUCCUGGCUUCACAUUCGGCAUUGCUACUGUCGACUACCGUGGCUAUUACCAACUCGACAAAUCCGUUACUGCUGCCCAGCAAUCUAUCUAUUACUUCCAAGGAGUUGUAACUCAAGCCACCGCACGUUCUGAUCUCACCGGUCCCGUCGACGGUGCCGACUACACCUACCGUGAUGCUUUCGACCUCGUCUCCACAGUCACGUCUCCAUGUGGAGUCUCGUCUGUUCUCAACAUCCAGAGUGACCUGCGCGUCAGCAACUCGAAGAACACCAAGGGAAGCGGCUACAUUGCCACCGACUCUAUCGACACUGCUCUUGCUACGACUUUCAACUUCCAAUGGCAGAAGUGUUAA